AUGUCGAAGAAGACUGUUGACGUACCAGAAGGCCUGCGGGAAAUACUCCAAGACUUCACAGUUGCUGUUUUGCGCAACCGACCGUCAAACAUCAUAAAUUUUGCUGCGGAAUACUUUGAAAUGAAGAAGAAUCAACAGAAAGAAAACGAAGGGGCCGAAAGCGAUGAAGAAGAGGUUAUAGCACCUCCAAUUCGAGCUAGGCGUCGUCAAGGUGUUGCUGCAGAGAGCUAUGAUCCUGAGAAAGAGGAUAAAUUCGAGAAGGUUGUUCAUGAAAAGACAGAAGAACAACGGCAAAGACUGACAAAUGCAACCAAGGGGAUUCUUCUUUUUAGAUGCCUUGAUGAAGAUCAAAUGCGGGAUGUUAUUGAUGCCAUGUUUGAAAGGAAGGUGGAUGUUGGGGAGAAGGUUAUUACUUUGGGAGAAGAUGGUGACAAUUUUUACGUGAUCGAAAAGGGAAUAUAUGAUAUUAUUGUAAAAGUGGAUGGUGUUGAAAAGAAGGUCGGACAAUACGAUAACAACGGGUCUUUUGGUGAACUCGCGCUUAUGUAUAACACACCUCGAGCAGCAACAAUUCAAGCCACCACUCCUGGAAUUUUGUGGGCAAUGACUCGGGAAGUGUUUCGGAGCAUUGUAUUAAAGAGCGCUUUCAAAAAGAGACAGAUGUACGAAGAGUUACUCAACCAGGUGCCCAUUCUUCAAAGCCUCAGUGCCUAUGAGAGGAUGAGCAUUGCCGACGCUCUCCACACGCAAAUUUAUGAGGAGGGCACAAAGAUCAUUAGUCAGGGUCAGGAAGGUGAUGAAAUGUACUUCGUUGAGGAUGGUGAGGUCCGUAUAACCAUGAAAAAGUCAGGGUCGGAUGAAGAAACUGAACUCACUCGGAUCAAAAAGGGUGGCUACUUUGGUGAACUUGCUCUGCUGACCAAACAUCCCCGAGCCGCCUCUGUCUAUGCAAUUACCCGAACAAAAUUAGCUGUUCUCGAUGUAGGCAGUUUUGAGCGUCUCCUUGGGCCUUGUCUCGAUAUCCUCCGGCGCAACAUUGAUAACUAUGAGAACCAGUUGAAGUCUGUCUUCGGCAGUCUAGACAAUGUACCCGAGUUACGUCAUUAG